AUGUCCAGCAUCUUUGCCUACCAGAGCUCUGAGGUGGAUUGGUGCGAGAGUAAUUUCCAGCACUCGGAACUGGUGGCUGAGUUCUACAAUACGUUCAGCAAUGUGUUCUUCCUCAUCUUUGGACCUAUCAUAAUGUUCCUCAUGCAUCCUUAUGCCCAAAAACGGACCUGGGCCAUCUACGGCGUCUCGGUCCUCUUCAUGGUCAUAGGUUUGUUCUCCAUGUACUUCCACAUGACACUCAGCUUUCUGGGGCAGCUGCUGGAUGAGAUUUCCAUCCUGUGGUUGCUGGCCAGUGGCUACAGCGUCUGGAUGCCCCGUUGCUACUUCCCGAAGUUCAUCAAAGGAAACAGGUGCUACUUCAGCUGCCUUGUAAUUACGACCACCAUAAUCAGCACCUUCUUGACGUUUGUGAAGCCCACGAUCAAUGCAUAUGCUCUCAACAGCAUCGCCAUACACAUUCUCUACAUAGUGCACAAGGAGUACAAGAAGACCAGCAAUGGGGACCUUCGGCAUCUGAUUGAGAUGUCUGUGAUCUUAUGGGCUGCUGCGUUGACCAGCUGGAUAAGCGACCGUGUGCUUUGCAGUUUCUGGCAGCGGAUCCACUUCUCCUACCUGCAUAGCAUUUGGCAUGUCCUCAUAAGCAUCACCUUCCCUUACGGUAUCGUGACCAUGGCCCUUUUGGACGCAAAGUACGAGAUGCCAGGUCAAACCCUCAAAGUCCACUACUGGCCCCGGGAUAGUUGGUUCAUUGGGCUACCCUAUGUGGAGAUCCAGGACAACGACAAAAACUGCUGA